UAUCAUUCCUGUUAAAGACUAAUAAAUAAGUGUAACUAGUUAACAACCAUACACGUAAAUAUUGUCGGUAGCGACAGCACUGGUUCACACCUGUCUGAAUCCUCACCGUCCAAUUUUCAAAUGUGCCGUCAUCUUAGCCGCUGGUUUUGAAUCUCUCUAGUCCGCCCCUUUUUGUUUGAAUAGAGCUCCGGACCGUUUAAAUUAACGCUCUCUAAGCCAUUUCGCUUUCUCUACUAGUUCCUCAUCUCUCUUUCUCUCUCUUUGCUUCGGUGCAUUCCAAACAAUUUCUUCUCCUCGACUUGUCCAUCAAGAUCCGCUAAUGCGUCCGGUUUCGAUUGCUGCUUCCAGUUUCUGUCUUCGAUUUAUCUGCACCUUGCCGCUUGACGCAGAGUCCGAAAUCUUCAGAUGAAAUGGUAGAUUUUUCCACAUAGGAAUAAUAUAAUGGUUUGGCUCACAUUCCUUGGAACGAGCCAUUGUCGAGUAGGAAUUGGCAUAUUAUGCAUUUUUCCCUAUUUGUUAAGGAGUUAUGGAAGGUGAUAAGACCAUCUCCAGUCCUUCAGACAAUCCUGGGGUUCGGGACCAGAAGAUACGUGCUCUCCAUGGGAGAACUACUGGCCCUACAAGACGUUCAACAAAAGGACAGUGGACACCUGAAGAGGAUGAAAUUCUGCGGCAAGCAGUUGAUCAUUUCCAAGGCAAGAACUGGAAGAAAAUAGCUGGAUGUUUCAAGGAUCGGACUGACGUACAAUGUCUGCAUAGGUGGCAAAAGGUUUUAAAUCCUGAACUUGUCAAAGGUCCAUGGUCUAAAGAGGAGGACGAAAUCAUUAUUGAACUGGUGAACAAAUAUGGACCAAAAAAGUGGUCCACAAUUGCAAAACAUCUAUCUGGACGCAUUGGUAAGCAAUGCCGAGAAAGGUGGCACAAUCACCUUAAUCCUAAUAUAAACAAAGAAGCAUGGACCCAAGAAGAGGAGUUGGCUCUAAUUCGUGCUCAUCAAAUUUAUGGGAACAGAUGGGCAGAGCUAACAAAGUUCUUACCAGGAAGGACAGACAAUGCUAUAAAAAAUCAUUGGAACAGUUCUGUCAAAAAGAAACUGGAUUCUUACUUGGUCUCUGGCUUGCUCACACAAUUUCAAGAUCCAAUUUCUGUCGGACAACCAAAUCAACUCCCAGUUUCUGUUGGCAGUGGAAAUGACAGUGGCUUGAAUGGAAUGGAAACAGAGGAGAUUUCAGAGUGCAGUCAAGAUGCAACAGUUGCUGAUAGCUUUAUGAGUGAUUUAGCAUGUGGAACUCUGCAGAUGAGAAAGGAAUAUCAGUUAAUUGAGAAUUCGGGGUUGGGCAAGGAGCAAAGUUCCAGCCCGGUAUCCAGUUCUGCACCUUACUACCAUUCCGUGGAUGAAAUUACUGAGUUUGCUCAAGAAAUGGGUCACUCUUUGUCGCCUUCAGAGCAAAAUCACUUGCAUGGUUGUAGAAUAACUUCGGAUAGGGAUUACCAAUGUGAUUUGAACGAGUUUCCUAACAUCUCUUCAUUAGAAUUGGGUAAAGAAACCUCACAGUUUGAAGCAAUUUGCACUAGGAUGGGUGAGAGUCAUGGAGCUGGCGAUUCUGCUCAAAAUUCUUCGAUGGAAAAAGGAGCUACAGCUUGCGUUCAAGCAGAGCGUAUGUUUAUAUCUGAUGAUGAGUGUUGCAGGGUCCUAUUCUCAGAUGCAAAAAGUGACAGAUGUGAUCGGACUACUAAUCUUAGAAAAGGCUCUUAUGUAUCUGAAUUGAACGAUUACGAAGUUCCAGUUGAAUCCUUGGGCACACAAAAAGCGGAUAAUAGCCAUACUUCAACUUCACAAAUACAUCCUUCAGGAUCUGAUGUGCAGGAGAAAAAUCUGGUGUCUCAGUCAUACGUGGUCGUUCCAUUGGUGACUAGUCAACAGGAUGGGCUUGUCUAUAACGGUGGACCAUCCAAGCCUUCCUGCUUUCAUCUGACAGAUAACUCAGAAAUGCAAGAACAUCCAGGUGUGUCAGAAGACCCGGCAAAAUUAAUUUGUGUGAAUACAAUUGCAACAGCUGCAGAUAGCACGGGGACUUGUACUCAUUCGGAUGAAAGAGCAAAACAACAUAAUGAACAUGAAGACUCGGGAGCUCUUUGUUAUGAGCCUCCUCGUUUUCCAAGUUUAGAUGUUCCUUUUUUCAGCUGUGAUCUCAUACAGUCUGGAAGUGAAAUGCAGGAGUACAGCCCACUUGGCAUACGCCAGUUGAUGAUGUCCUCUCUAAACUGUGUUACUCCAUUCAGAUUAUGGGAUUCGCCAUCUUGCGAUGCUAGUCCAGAUGCUGUGCUGAAAAGCGCUGCCAAAACUUUCACCAGCACACCAUCCAUUUUGAAGAAACGCCACCGCGAGUUAAUGUCUCCUCUUUCGGAGAGAAGAAUUGACAAGAAGCUUGAAACUGCUGUGACAUCCAGUUUGUCAGAAACCUUUUCACGUUUGGAUGUUGUGUUCAAUGAUGGGCCUGACAAAGCUUCUACAUUAUCUCUAUCUGACCAAAAAGGGACCACAGAAGAUUUUGCUGAAGAUAAAGAAAAUAUAUAUUGUACCAUUGAAAAAAGAGAAAACAAGAGAGAUGAUGGUGAUGAAUCUCUAAAUGUCACAAUUUCAGAGAAUGGUGUCCCGAAAAGCCAUUCCCAGGACUACACAAAACAAGGGAAUGCCGAUAUCGAGAUGAUCUGGGUUCAAUCUGCAGCUGAAAUUGUGCCUCCUGGAGUCCUGACUGAACACGACGCCAACGACCUGCAGCUCCAUUCUGUUGAUCAAGCUGAUUCUCACAGAGCUUUGAGUUCAAGUAAAGGAAUUAAGAAAAGACACUGUUUAAGUAGAUUGGAUGAUCCCUCAAAUGCAGAAGACAAUACUUCUAAAGUGUCUUCUGGGAAUUCACAUGGAAGGACUAGCAGCAGCCCUCCCGAACAUCAUUCGGUCGCAACGACACGAGAACUGCCUGUGACUUCAUCUGCUUCCCUCGAGAAGAUAGAAGAUAAUCGCCCCCAAAUUACCAUAACUGGAAUUGCUGCUUCAUUGCCUGGAGAAUCUCCAUUUUUUAAGAGAAGUAUUGAAUCCCCAUCAGCAUGGAUGUCUCCAUGGUUUCUCAAUUCGUUCCUACCGGGGCCGAGGAUCGAUACAGAAAUAACGAUCGAGGACAUUGGGUAUUACUCGAGCCCGAAGGAAAGAAGCGUUGAUGCAAUUGGGUUGAUGAAACAAGUAAGCGAGCGAACGGCAGCUGCAUGCGCCAAUGCUCAUGAGGUGUUGGGAAACGAAACUCCAGAGACUCUGCUGAAGGGAACGCGCAUGAAGCAUCAUUCCCAUUGUGAUGAAACUGUUCUGGCAGAUUGUCGCGUGUUGGACUUCAGCGAAUGCGGGUCUCCAGGGAAGGUGGGGUCGGGACCGAUUGUGGGAUAACUACAGCCGCCAGCCAGCCCCGCUUCUUAUCCACUAAGGCUGCAGAUGGCAAUCCAUUGGUACCCAAAACUCAGCCUUCUUUUAUCUCCUACUGUAACAUCGUAAUCAUGUCUACCUUUCCCCCCCUUUUUCUUACUUCUGUGUCACAAUUUCACUGAUUUGAGAUAUCUUGAUUAUCGAUGUUACUUGUAGUUUGAACCAACGGCGUCAUCAAUUUAGAAAGCUUUAGGA